AUGUCUUCCGGAGAAGCGCCCCCCCACAAAGCCAAUGACAUGCGUCAGGUCAACCGUGUCAUUACCGACCACAAUGAGAAAGGCGAAGCCAUCUUCUCGUCCCAAAUCCCAGAGCCUCUACCGGGUGUGACGAUUUACAAUGGUGCUGUGUUCAGUCUCGGAUACGCCACCAACGAGCGACCCGUCGGCCUGUCCAACAACAAGGACAUCGAGACAUACAAGCCGCUGCUGGCCAACCCGCCCGGCAUUGUGAUCCCCGGUGGCACCGUGGCUCGAUUCGUGGACACACCGCCCAACGCCCUCAGCCCCAUGCACCGCACCGUCAGUCUCGACUACGGCGUCGUGCUCGAGGGCGAGGUUGAGCUGAUCUUGGACUCGGGCGAGGUGCGGUUGCUGAAGCGCGGCGAUCUCGCCAUCCAGCGCGGCACCAUGCACGCGUGGCGGAAUCCCAGCAAGACCGAGUGGAACCGUAUGCUGUACUUCCUGCAGGAGAGCGAGCCUGUCAUUGUGAAUGGUAAGGCUCUGGAGGAGGACUACGGUGACAUGAAGGGCCACGUCGAGGACAGCAGUGCGAAAUAA